AUGGCGCGAAAGUCUAUAGACUUUUCGCAGUCCUUGCUCAAAUUCCAGGCUGCGCGGCGAUCUGGAGUUUCUACUACGGAAUCCGCAUCUACAGACAAAGCGCCAAUAUCAGAAACAUCUAGUAAUUCAACAUCAACAAAUUCAACAAAUUCAACAAAUCCAAAAUUGACACCAAAUCCAACGAUAUAUUCAAUAUCGACUAAACCACCAAAUCACAACAGGGCUAAAUUGACGAGCACUGUAGAUUUACUCAAUGCAUUUAGUCCCAGAUCUACUGCUUCCCCAGAAGUUGAAGAUAUCGAGUCUCUCAAAACAAAGUAUGCCAUUCAGAACCGGUCGCUUGCCAAAUCGAACUCAGCACUCACAUCUAAAGUGUCGGACUUAGAGUCCCGUGUUAGUGAGCUCAUAAACGAGAACAUGAGCUUACGGAAGAAUCGUUCAGCGAAAGACUUGGAGUCUAAGAAACUAUUGCAAGAGAGUCUUGAUAUGAUAGAAGAUAAAGUCUUGCUAAAGUUCAACGAAAUAUUACAAUUCUUGAAAAUAGUACGAAAUAUUGAGAAUCUUCCUGAGAACCCAAACUUGGAUGUGUUGACCGAUUUGAGCAGACCAUUGACAUCGACACCUCUAGAGAGAGAGACCUUUAUUUCAACCCCGGAAUUAGAUUUGACCUUCCUGUCCCGAACAAACAACGUAAACAGUGUAAACAAAACUGCGGAGACGAACUUGGUGAGAGACACUGACAUGAGUCCAAAUUUAACUGCCAACCAAACUUUUGCAGAACAGUCAGUAACUGAUUUCGGCCAUAACAUUAACAAUCAUAACAUCUCCACUAUUCUUGAGGCCAGAGAGCUGGAUAUCUCUAUGGAAGCAGAUCCGGAAAAACAAAGCUUGAUGGUAGAAUCUAAUCUGGAAAUACCGAAGGACACAAAACAAAAGAAGUCUAACGCACCUUCAAGAUCCAGAUCCAAACCAAAGAUUGACACUUUACGCGGCAAUGAACGCAAAAACGAGCAUUCAUUAAUCGUAGAAGAUCAAAGAUCCAGAGAAAUAUCAAAAAUUGACAUUCCUCGCGAUAACGAAGAAAAACAUGAGAAUUUGUUAAACGGUGAAGAGCCAAGAAGAUCGAGUCGUAGUAAAAAAGCUGUGAACUACACUCCUCUCCCAAUCAGUGCUAAGAUGAGAAGAGAGUCUGUCAAGAUGAUGGACGCUGUAGGAGAAAAUGUCUUGAUCAACUAUGUAGUUCCUAAAAUUAAAAAGGAAGACGAAACAAAGGAAAGAAAGAGAAAAAUUCUGUCGACAAAAACACCAGAACCUGAUGUUAAGACAAAAAGGCGACCACUAGCCAAUAUUACUAAUGUCUCACGUCAACUGGCAAGGUCCGAUAAGGAAAAGAUUGUUAAAUCCAACGAAAUUGCAGAAUCAGACUUGUCUGUAUUUGACUUCGAAGACGACAAACCACGGCCGACAAAU